AUGAAAAGAUGUUCUCCAGUCUUCAACACUGCCAAUGAAGUGGCUGUCGGUGAAACAACGUUUCCAAUUUGGAGGGAUCACGUCAAGACCUUGCUGAACCGGCAAGCGCCGUCAGCUCCUGAACUCGAGCACGUUCACAGACCGACAUAUGUGGUUAACGAGGAACCACCGACGGAGUCGGAAGUUCUGGUCAAAAUACGAAAGAUCAAAAAUCUGGUGGAGACAACGGAAUCAGCGCAGAAAUGCUGA